AGCACUUUCGUGGCAGGAAGUUUGUGUCCUGUCAAAUCCAAAAUGGCGGCGUCCGUAUCCGAAGAGAAUACAGAAAAACUGCCAAAUGACUCUUUAAAUCCCGUUUUAACAGGUACUCCUGACAACGGGUGUGUUACGGACCUUUCCGACGAACUGCGUGACUAUGUGGUGGGGUUUAUAGAGAAAGAGGUGGGCAGCGACGUGAAAUCUCUGAAGAAGGUGGGCACUCUGCUGCAGAAAUUAAAAGAGGACAACAGUAAAUUGGAAAAACAGGUGUUGACAGUCUCCAGCUCUGUACCUCCCCAAGUGUCUGCAGCUCUGUCUGCUGCAGAAGAUGCCAGCACUUCUUUGGAGGAGCUUCUGCAACGAGAGAAACUCAUCUCCACAAAACUGCAACAGCACCUCCAGGACUCUCAGCCAUGGAUGGAUACUCUCACUCAAAAGCUGAGUGAAGUGGAGACCGUGGAGAGACACAUGAAGUACCUUCGCUGCCUUCAGCAAAUUGAAGAGCUUAGUGCUGUGGUCCAGCAGUGUCUGAUGACCAGCAGCGUGUGGGAGGCCAUCAGGGCUGUGGAGAGCAUGGCUGUGAUGGAUGCCAACCUGAGCCAGUCCAAAUGCUCUCACCUGCGCGACUUCCUCCGAGAAACUCUUCACUUCUGGCACAAGAUCAUUAAGGAUCGACUGACGGGAGACUUGGAGAAAGUGUUGACCCAGCUUCACUGGCCGAUCACAUCCCCUCCGACCCAGUCCCUCACGCCCACUGCCAACGGGCAAGAGCUGGCCAGUCAACUGGAGCUGCUGGUCACGCAGCUGCUGGCCCUACAGACAUCCGAUGACCUCAUUUCUCAGAGGACGUCGCCUCCCUCUAAAGUUGAAGCCCAGCCAAGUGCUCUUCCCCAGGAUCCUCCACUCUGCCUGCCCAUCCAGAUCAUGCUGCAGCCUCUCAGGAAACGGUUCCGAUAUCACUUCUAUGGCAAUCGACAGACUAACACCCCCAGCAAGCCAGAGUGGUACCUGACUCAGGUGCUCAUGUGGAUCGGGAACAGCACGAGCUUCAUGGAGGAGAAGAUCCAACCUAUCCUGGACCGAGCUAAUGCCACCAUCAAUGCCAGGGUGGAGCUAUGUCGAGGCCUCCUGUCUUUAGUCGAAGACAAGGUGGUGGGUGAUGCAUCCCGCCUGCUUUACGACGACGCGCUCUUCUGCCACCUGGUGGAGGAGGUGCUGCAGUUUGAGAAGGAGCUGCGAAGCAACCACGCAUACCCAUCCCAUCUGCCCGGCCUGCUCCACCUGCUGCUUGACGACGCCGUCCUUCAGAAGUGGCUUGCGGUGGAGAAGAAGAUGGCGGUGGAGAAGGUGGACGCCAUGUUGUCGGCCGAAGGAGCGUGGAGCUCUCAGUACAAAGACAUCCGAGACAUGGAUGAACUGAAGUGCCCGGAUUGCGCUGAGACCUUCAUGACCCUACUCCAAGUUAUCACAGACCGCUACCGAGCAUUACCUUGUCCGUCUGCACAGCUGAAGUUUCUGGAGCUGCAGAAAGAGUUGGUGGAUGACUUCCGUAUACGACUCACUCAGGUCAUGAAGGAGGAGUCUCGCUGCCCACUCAGCCCACGCUACUGUGCCAUACUCAACGCCGUCAACUACAUUUCCACCAUCCUGACAGACUGGGGAGAUAACGUGUUCUUCCUGCAGCUGCAGCAGGCGGCCGUUUCCCUGGACGACGAGGCUGUGGUGGGAAGCCUGGGGCAGAUGGAGAUGGGCCGCCUGGCUUCUCUGGAAAGCUCGCUAUUUGAAGGCCUGCUGGCUCUGCUGGAUCGACUCCGAGGAGACAUGAUGGGCCGGCUGCUGGAUGGCAUCAUGAGGGACAUCACGGAAAAAGCCAAACCGUACUGCCACGACAGGUGGUUUUCUCAUCCGUCCCAGCACGACAUGGCCACCAUGUCUUUGUCUAGUUCCGCAUGUCCCAUGAUGCUUUGUAUCAGGGACAGUCUGUUGAACCUGCACCAGGUUUUAAGUCUGUCUCUGUUCCAGCUGGCUUGGCAAGGCCUUGCAGAGAGACUGGACAACUUUCUUUACCAGGAAGUGGUCCUGUCUAAUCAUUUUAGUGAUGGAGGAGCAGCCCAGCUUCAGUUUGACAUGACCAGAAACCUUUUCCCUCUCUUUGGUCACUACUGCAAGAGACCUGAGAACUUUUUUAAGCAUGUUAAGGAAGCCUGCAUCAUCUUGUGCCUCAACGUGGGUUCUGCUAUCCUUCUGCGGGACCUCAUCAAGGAGUCUUCUUCGGCAGACGACACGGGCGAUUGGACGGGAAGGGAUGAGCCCUCGCCGCAGUCUGCCUUGAACGAGUUGGGAGUUUACUACUUGGCUCCUUGUGAUGUAUUAAUUCUCUUUAACCUCAGAGCCUCCUGGCCUGGACAGUGACAACUGGAUUGCGAACCUAGCCAGACACUAUUUGACGUUUGAUUUCUAUCAUGUACUAAAUGUAUAUUGACGCAAUUGAAAAACUCUGUCUUUUUUUU